GCUGUUAGACAGUAAUAUGGUUCCCAUAAUACCAUAUUUUAUUGGUAAUUACAUUGCACAGAGUGUAAUUAGUUAGGUAAUUGUUUGAUUUUACUUUAAACUGCCCAUCCCUUUUACUUGAUGGUAUUUAGCCAUAUCAAAUCAAGCCUGUUCAGCUCAGAUACAGCAGCAAACUGGUAUGAUUCCUGCUUUGUAUGAGAAAUGUAGCCCACAUACAUUUUCAGACACAGUAUUUUAAGGACUAGUAUGGAGAUAGCGUAGAUCAGUAUGUUGUCACUGUCCUUGUCAUAUAGAAGGACGCCACUAAACCAACAGCUGCUUGGACCCAGAGUACAUCGGGAUCCCAUCUAACAGGAUGUGAGUGCUCUUGUGACUUCCUGUACGGAGUGAAGGCUGCUGGAAAGCUCCGAAAACUCCGUGAUGACUGCGGAGAUUUGUCACCGCCCGCUUUCGUCCGCUCACCGGGAGAGGCGCAGCUCAUCUCGAACGAGCCCAAGACUGGUUUUUAGCCUUCAGCUGUUGGUAUUCGGAAGGUAACUACGAGGUGUUUAUUGUAGGAAACCCUAGCCACGACGCUGCCGGGGCGCUCUGCUGCAGGGACCCGAGUUAGAAUCCGGGAUGUGCUCCGUGGUUGGAUGCGAUUCGUGGCGCCGCAGUGUGCAGCGGUUCAAGCUACCGGAGGAUCCGGAGAGGAGACUGGAAUGGGUUCAGUUUCUUUUCGAAGCCAACAGCCAACGACUCAAAGAAUCGUCCUGGACUGAUAUCACCAUUUGCACUGAACACUUUACAUACGACAGUUUCCUGACCCCGACUGGCUCGUUGCAGCUGAGAGCCGGUGCUGUCCCGUCCCGUUGUCUCAAGCCAGAGCCCGACGAACCUGAGCCAAAACAGGAGCCUGUGGAGACGACAGAGGUCAAGUCUCAUGAUCAACUUAAAACAUGUGAUAGUCCAGCUUCCUUUUCUGAAGAAUCAGUGGCUGUCCCAGAAAGCCCUGUGCCAAGUGAUACUUCAGAUGGACCUGAUUAUGGCCAGAUGCUACAAAACAUUGAGAACAUAGAUGUGAUCAGGGAAAAAGUUGCUCUUCUCCAGAUGAAAGAGAUGUAUGUGGUAAACGAAAGCCGACUCUUCCAGUUGUUUGGCAACAAGUGCCCAUCAUGUGGUUCUAAAGUAAAGGUAAAGAAAUUUAUUCAUGGUGCAUUCAUCGUCGUGAACCAGCAGUGCCUUCAGUGUGACUACAGAAACCAGUGGAAAAGCCAAGUCAAUGCCAGCGUCCCAGCAGCUGAAGACCUGAGAGGAGGCAUAGAAGUGUUUUUAGAGGCAAAGCCAGCAGAGGACGCCCACACGAACAUCACAGGUGACUCUAAGGACGCUGUCGUUACUGAUGAGGAGAGUGAUACCGGGGAUGAAGCAGGGGGACCGGGUGAUGACUGUGACAUGAAUUCAGAUGAUGAUGAUGAUGAUGAUGAUUGGAGUCCACUGGAGCUUCAUUUCAAAUCUGAUGAGGAAAGUGAAGACAAAGGUGAUGGUUUUCCUGAAGUGGGCCAUAAAAUCAGGCAGCUCUGCACAGAGUGUGGGGUAUUUUUCAACAAAUGGAAGCCUCACACAUGUGAGUACAAAAUUAAGCCAUAUCCAUGCAAUAUCUGUGGGAAGAGGUAUGUUAAUGAGCUGUCUCUAAAUGCUCACAGCAAGAUCCAUGAUGAAAACUAUGAGCAUCAGUGCAAAUACUGCAGUGUUACUUUCAAAACAAAGCUGGAUAAGGUCACUCAUGAGCAGAUCCACGUGCCUGGAAGAAAACCCUAUAAAUGUCCUGACUGUCCAGAUACAUUUGCCACAAAUAAGCGACGUAGAAUCCACCUGAAGAGUCACAGAGGCUGCACACAGUUAACUUGUCACUCUUGUGGGAUGGAAUUUUACCGUGUCUGUUCUCUUCAGAGACAUUUACUCAUACACACAGGAGUGAAGCCGUACAAGUGUUCAGUGUGUCAGCGUGGCUUCAACCAGUUGAGCCACCUGAAGUCUCACAUGCGUCUGCACACGGGGGAGAGACCUUAUAAGUGUCAGGAUUGUGACAAACACUUCAAUCACAAUGUGAGCUUGAAGAGUCAUGUCCAGCGUUACCACACAUCGAGUUCUGGACAUGAACAGAAGGAAGAAGAGACAAAGGAAAGCAGCACUGGUGAUUUUCAGGACAAUGGGAUCAAGAGAGGUGCAGAGCCGAGACUUGACAAUGUAGAUGAAGAGCAUGAUACAGAAGACGAGGUGCUGGAGGAGAGAAUAUAUAGAGCUAAAAAGAAAAGGAGAAGCACAGGUAGACCCAUAGGAAGGCCUAAGAGCUAUGCAUCUGGAAACACGGUUCUGGCGAUUGAAGUGGAAGGCCAGGGCGCACACACUGAGGCUCACCAAUUACAGGUGGAGAAGUUAAGGAGAAGGCAAUGCAGUGAUGAAGGAAGCGAGGAUGAGCUAACUGACAGUGAUGUAAACUUUGAUUCAGCAGAAGAGGAAGAGGAGAGGAGCCAGGAGGCGAUAAAGAUCACAGAGAGAUCAGGGGGUAAAGGGAAAAACUCUGACAGUGACUCUGAUUUUGAUCCUGAAAACUCAAAGGAAAAAAGGCAGAGAGGUCCGAGUUUAGGGAAGCGCAGGGGAAGACCAAGAAAACAUGAGGUGGUGUGAAUAUUAUUAAAAUGAACAGUCAAAAGAAUUUAUGUUUAAACAGUUGUGAAAUAAAAGAGCCAUAUAAAUUCAGGGUUCAUCCAGAACUGGAGUGAUCUCCUAGAAAAUUGCACAUCUGGAUGGAUAAAACAUCUACAGUUGUUGCUUUGAUUUGAAAAUACUUUAGAAUCUUGAUCACUGAUGAAUGAACCCACAUCAGCCUUGAUAAAAGUAUAUUAAACAGGGCUUAAGAGCCUGUGUUUCUUUCGGUGGUACAUUUCUUAUACUUAAUUCAUAAUACUGGUUUACAGUAUGUGAUGCUGAUUGAUCUGUAAACUAGUUAAAGGUUAGUCACAAAUGCUGCUGAGAGGGACUGUGAAUUUACUUCUGCUAGGCAUCUGACCUGGUAUGAGUGUUCAAAUCAAAUGAGAUUUAUUUAUAUAGCACUUUAAAAACAACAUCCAGUUGACCAAAGUACUUUACAUAGACAGAAU